UUCAACUGGUUUAGCGCUGGGCAGUGAGUUGUGUAAAAUUCAGUUCUAAUAGAAAAUACGCGGAAAUAAAAAAUAUUCUAGUGAAAAUUUAAAGAAAAAUCGCAUUUAAAAUAUUAAAAAGUGAUCAAAAGUUUAAUUUAAGAGUUUCUCUUCGCUUCUGCUAACUAGCACUCGUGCAAAACAAAGCGGAGAGGCGCCACAAGUGGGUGCUUUGAGUGGCCUCAUUGCAACAUAUGGUAGUGGUUGAGGUGUAGAAGAAGCCGGAAAAACUCUUCAUUAUCAAAGUGAAAAUUCGAAAAGUUUCCUUUUAAAGCCAAAUUAAACAAGGUUUCGCUCAAUAAAUCCCGGUGACUUCCCUCAUUAAUAUUCAAAAUUAGCGCUUGCAGCGUUGUUAUGGAGGAAGUGGAUGAUGAGACUUUCGAUGAUGCCAAAUCGACGCGUACCUCGGAUGAGAAUCGCAAACAAAACCACAGUGAAAUCGAGAAGCGGCGCCGAGACAAAAUGAAUACCUAUAUAAAUGAGCUGUCCUCCAUGAUACCGAUGUGUUAUGUAGUGCCCCGCAAAUUAGACAAGCUGACCGUACUUAAAUACACUGUACAACAUCUGCGUAGCAUACGCGGUAGCGUGCAUCCAUACAGUGGUGGCGAUUACAAACCUUCCUUUCUAUCGGAUCAGGAACUGAAAAUGCUCAUACUGCAAGCAUCCGAAGGUUUUCUCUUCGUAGUCGACUGUGACCGUGGACGCAUUUUAUAUGUUUCCGAGUCAGUCUCACAAGUGCUGAACUGUUCGCAAAUGGAUCUACUCGGACAGAGUUGGUUUGAUAUAUUACAUCCCAAGGAUGUGGCAAAAGUAAAAGAACAACUUUCAUCGUUGGAUCCAUGCCCGCGAGAGCGCCUAAUUGAUGCGAAGACCAUGUUACCCGUCAAAACAGACAUACCACAGAGUCUCUGCCGCCUCUGUCCGGGCGCACGACGUUCCUUCUUCUGUCGCAUGAAACUCAAAUCAAAUAAUAAUCAAAUCAAAGAAGAGUCCGACACAUCCUCCAGUUCACGCAGCUCCACAAAGCGUAAAUCGAAGCUAAGUGGUGAUCACAAAUAUCGUGUUAUACAAUGUACCGGUUACUUAAAGUCGUGGACACCUCUUAAGAAUGAGGAGCAGGACAGUGAGAGUGAAGAUAAUCUCACGAAUCAUUCCAGUUUAGUUGCCAUUGGUCGUAUACCGCCGAAUGUUUUGGAAUCAAAUGUGCCACCUUCAUUGGACAAUCAUCCAAAUAUAAGGCAUGUGCUCUUCAUUUCGAGACAUUCUGUAGAUGGCAAAUUCCUGUUCAUCGAUCAGAGAGCCACACUAGUUAUUGGUUUCUUGCCGCAAGAGAUGCUCGGCACUAGCUUCUAUGAUUACUUUCACCACGAAGACAUUCCUGCCUUGGCGGAGUCCCAUAAAAUGGUCAUUCAAGUGCCGGAGAAGGUGACAACGCAGGUUUAUCGUUUUCGUUGCAAGGAUAAUAGUUUUAUACAACUACAAAGCGAAUGGAAGGCAUUUAAAAAUCCAUGGACUACAGAUAUUGAGUAUAUAAUAGCGAAGAAUACAGUUUUUCUUUAAACCAGCGACGCUCUCCCAGACUUAUUUGCAUGUAGAUACUAAUUACAUAAAUUGUAGAAACGACUCUAAAUAUUUUUAAUGUACUAAUUGUGUUAAUGUCUUAUAUAUAUAUAUAUAUAUUUAUAUAUACAUGUUUUCAUAUUAGUGUUAAGCUUGUCAUAUUAACAUUUUGCAUAUUGGAAAGAGAGAGGAGAUUUUUCAGCAGAUUCACACAAAUAAAAACUCAUUCGUUACACAUUCGUGUGCGUAUAAGAGAGAGAGAGAAAGAGAGAAA